UUUAGAAAUUGAACGCGGCUAUAAGAAGUUUGUCGAGGCGGCAUGUUGUAUUAAUUUUAUUUAUGUUAUUUUGUUUGUAUUAAAUAAAAAAAUAUGCCAAAAGUAGUAUCACGUAGUAUUGUAUGUUCUGAUUCUAAAGAUCAAGAAGAAUAUAAUGAUGAAAAGCCUUUAAAUAUAUAUUACUGUCUUUGUGGGAAGCUGUCUCUGAUUUUGGACUGUGACAUCCAGAAAUUGCCUCUUAGAUCGACCGAUGGAGCUAGAGUUAUAGACGGCAAACUAAGAGCACACAAAUUAACAUACAACGUUGAUGAAACAGUUUACAUAGAUCGUGGAGAGAAGGGAAUUGAAAGGCAGUUUCGAUUACAUUGUAAAUCCUGCAAUCUACCUGUUUACUACCGACACGUUCCUGAUUCACCUGUCACAUUUAUUUUAAAAGGAGCUUUAGUUAAAACCAAAAACGAAACUCAGAUAAGAUCUUUGAAACAGUCAGAAGAUAUUAUUCCAGAUCCAAACGAAGCAGGCCCCUCACAAAAGAUUAUGGUAACGCGUCACACAAAGAAUAUGGGAAAAUUCAGUUCAGUCACUGUAUCAACGAUUGAUGAAGAGGAAGACGAGAUCGAGGCGAGAGAAGUUGCUGAUAGUUAUGCUAAUAAUGCUAGAAUAAUUGAAAAACAGUUACUCAGAAAAGGCGGUAAACUCACAGAUGUAGGAGCAAGAACCAAAAUAAAUGAUGAAGUACCAGCCAAAAAAACACGUGGAACCCUUUUAGAUAUUUAGGUAUUAAGUAGCGAAAAAGAUGGUGAUAAAUAUUGGAAACUCAUCGGUGCGGUUGCGAUGUGUUACAACAAAACAGCUGAGUGCUUGACAACUUUUUAUGCUUGGAAUCGAUUAUUUAAUCAUUGCUUAAUAAAAGAAGUUUUUUAG